AUGGGCGACAUAAACAAUUCAGAGCCCAUGGCGGAACGAAUUUCGCGGUUGGACCUUGACUACGCAUACACUACUUGUCGCCUGGCCAAACCCAGGGAGACACUAACUUCGGAGGAGGCAAAGGCAACAAUCGAUAGACUCUACGAGUCUGGUGUGCCAUUUUUCACCAAAGAGUUAAUCCAAGAUAUGUGGGACCAGACCAAGCGAGACCUAUCGCAAGGCGACACAAUACUCACGAAAGACAUAACCGGCGCGAUUGUUGAGUACGAGGUGGACACGGGAAAGGUUCAGCCAUGGGUGUUAGAUGAUGAUACGGAAUUGGAAUAUGUGUGCAAGGAACUGGUCCUCGAUUAUCAGUGUCGAGCAUCUCUCAGAAACGACCUUGACCGGAGAGAAUAUGAUUUAUCGCACUGGGAGCCCUGCUCAGUCAAUGUCAUGCAUCAAACACACGAAUGGGAUAGCAAGCUUGAGAAAAUUGUUCCACGGCGUGGACCCCUGGACCGUGAAUUUGUCGCAAAAAUGUUCCAUGACAAGACCCAAGAAUGGAAAGAGAGCCCAGCCUGCGAAAACCUCAAGACAGUUCUGUUAUCUUCGGCAAAGGACCAUGAAAUUAACAAGAUUGUCGCGUUUGCUCUUGGAACGAUGUCCAACCAACGUUUCAAUGAGGACGGUAGUCUAUACACUCGCGCUGGGUGGUCCUCUGCACUUCAGCAUGCGCUCCUCGUUACCGUGAUAGAAUGGCUAAAAGAAAGAGAUCAGAAAGAGAAAGUCUUAUGCUACUCACAAGACCCAGCUUACAGCGAGGUGGAUAAGAAGAUUCUGGACGAAGAAGGUAUCGAGGUGAUUGAUGAUCCGCGUGGUUGGCUCGAGGUGGACGAUCACUCGGUCAUACUCUCCAUAGCACCGAAUGUGCCUGUGAAGGAGAUUAUUACCGACAUUGCUCGACCUGCAGUUAUUAUCUGGGGUCGAGUGGAAUUCUGCGAUGGACUUGGUCAGGGGUACACGGAUCCUGACUCUCCACGGGUCAGAGCAAUGCUGGAGGGUUAUGAGCUGCAUGAGUUUGGCCCUGAUGAGGAUAUUUUCUGUGAUAUUGUGGUUUAUAUCCGGAAAUCAGAUAUCCACCCCCCACAUAUCGAAAGGCGGAAGACCCUCGUCGGGACCUUCAUCUCUGGUCACGCGCCUUUCGUGCAGCCCAUCCUCGUACCUACGCCCCCCCCAAUGGCCUCCGAGCGAGCGAUCGAUCGGGAAGAGCGACUGGGCCUUCGUGCCAUUCGCGAUUUCCUCAAGGCCCGAAACUCCUACGAUGUCCUGCCCCUCAGCUUCCGACUCAUCAUCUUCGAUACCUCGCUUUCCGUCAAGGAGAGUCUGAACAUUCUGAUUCAAAACGGCAUCGUUUCAGCUCCGUUGUGGGACUCUAAAGCGUCCAAAUUCGCAGGUCUUCUGACCACCUCCGACUACAUCAAUGUCAUCCAAUACUAUUUCCAGAACCCCGCCGCACUGGACCAGAUCGAUCAAUUCCGCUUGGACAGUUUGCGAGAUGUUGAAAAAGCGCUAGGCGUGGCGCCGCCGGAGACCGUCUCCAUCGACCCGGAGCGCCCUCUUUACGAUGCCUGUCGGCGCAUGUUGGAAUCGCGCGCUCGCCGUAUUCCCCUCGUCACCAGCGAUAGCCAGACCGAUCGGCCCCACGUUCUUAGCGUCAUUACGCAAUACCGGAUCUUGAAAUUCGUCGCUGUCAAUGUCCCCGAUACGCAGCAGCUGCGUCGUCCGCUGGGGGAGCUUUUGCUUGGAUCUUACGAUAACGUUGCCACGGCUUCGAUGGAUACCCCCGUCAUUGAUGUUAUCCAUAUUUUGGUCGAGCGCAGCAUAUCCAGUGUGCCAAUUGUGAACUCGGAAGGCGUGGUUUAUAAUGUGUUCGAGUCGGUCGAUGUUAUUACUUUGAUUAAGGGUGGUUUCUACGAUGAUUUGAGUCUCACGGUUGGAGAAGCUUUGAAGAAACGUUCUCCGGGUUUCCCGGGUAUCUACACAUGUUCAUUGAAUGAUGGUCUGGAUACUAUCUUUGAUACUAUCCGCAAAUCCCGAGUGCACCGUCUCGUCGUCGUGGAUGAGCACUUCAAGCUCAAGGGCGUUCUGACUCUGAGUGAUAUCUUGCACUACAUUCUUCUUGAGGGGGAGAAUGAGGAAGCAUGA